AUGAGACAGCGUCCGAUCAUACCUCACAACAAAACAGUUAUUUGGGUCAGCGAUUAUCACAUAAGUCCGGUUCACGAUAUUAAGGAUCAAUUUAAGGCGUUCGAUGUUUAUUUCAUCGACAAAAGUUUAUCAGGUGCUUGUAGUCAAACUGAUUCUUGUGCAAAAGAUCUGAAAGUGUUAACUCCAGACAAUGGCAUCGCGCCAAGUCCUGCUAUUCGACAGCAGUUUUACGAAGCUUAUAAAAAUGAUGUCGAAAUGAAUCAAGUGAAAAUCUUCAUGUGUUUUCAUUCUGUUGCCAUGUGCGAGCUAUUCAUGCCGUUCAAUCGAACAAUUAUCAUUGUCUCAUCGACACGAUACGAAUUCGGAAGACAUGGAAAAGAAGACUGGCAACUUUUGAAUCAAAAUUUACAAAAGAUCGCUUCGAAUCCAAAAAAUGUCAUUGCUGGGAAUAAUUUGUACGACGCUGAAUACAUUCGAUACUUCACCGGCAUUCAGACGAUUGUUUUACCAUCGUUAUGUGCUUACACUCAAGCAUCGUAUUCACGAUUGAACAAAAAACCGUUUAUCAUUACUCGAAUCGAGAAGAAAAGUUUCUCUGUUCUAUUCAAAAUGAACCUAACAAAUGCGCUGCGACCUUUGAAAACUUCGAUCACCGUUGCCCAUCUCCGUGAACAUUACAAAGGUCAUUAUUCCUAUCGUCAUCUUGCUCAACAUCCAGGAAUUAUCUAUGUUCCAUACCAAGUCUCUGUUAUGAGUUUAUUCGAACAAUAUCGAAUGAAUAUUCCAUUGUUUUUUCCCUCGCUUGACCUUCUAACGCAAUGGCAUUUCAAAUAUCGUCUACUUGCUGAACGAGCUUGGGAUGGAUUAUCUGAGAAGUAUAAAAAUGCUUCGCUCAUUUCCGGCGUUUUGUCACCCGACAUUCCUGAUCCGAAUAACGAAUUGGAUAUGAAUGCGAUUCGCUACUGGUUGAACUUUUCGGAUUUUUAUCAGUGGCCACAUAUAACGUAUUACGAAUCGACUAAUGAUUUAGCCGAAAAGUUAGUUAACGCAAACCUCGAUGAAAUCAUUUAUUCAGCAUUUGGUCAAACAACAAGUGAACCGAUCGAAUGUUUACGAAAUGAAAAGCAAUGUGGUUCGAAAUGUUAUUUACCCGACACGCAUAAAUGUAAUUCUGGUUUUGUAUGUCGAAAAGAAGAAGGUUGGUGUGGAAAGGUAUGUUUUAAUCCAGCAACGGAAAAGUGUAUCUGGGGCUUAAUUUGCACCAAAUCGCAAAUCUGGUGUAAUAACAAAUGUAUGGAGCCAACUAAUGGAAAGUGCCGUUGA